CUCAGGAUCAGAGCGUCAUCAAAGGAACGAAAGCCACCAUGACUUGCGGUGUGACACAUGACCCCAGCGUCUCAGUCAGGUUUGUUUGGGAGAAGGACGGUCAGGUGAUCCUCCCUCAAGGUUUGCCCCGGCUGCGUCUGGACAUCAACGGGACUCUGCACAUCUCUCAGACCUGGUCAGGAGACAUCGGCACAUACACCUGCAGAGUGACGUCAGUUGGCGGCAACGACUCCCGCAACGCACACUUGCGCGUCAGGCAGCUGCCUCACGCCCCUGAGAACCCCAGCGCAGUGUUGAGCAACACAGAGAAGAGAGCCAUAACCUGACGUGGGCCAAA